AUUUUUAUGGGCGUUAAGAGUGAGAAUAUGGAAGGAAAAGAAAGAGUAAUGAAGUUAGGAGGGUCACUUCUGGUACCUUCAGUUCAGGAAUUAGCAAAGGAGGGUUUAAGCAAAGUUCCUGAAAGAUAUGUGCGUCGUGAUCAUCACCAUGAACUUGAUUCUUCAUUUGAUCAAAACUCUCCUCAAAUUCCUAUAAUCGACCUCUCCAAGUUAUCUUCUUCAAAUUUCAAGGCCUCCGAGCUUCAAAAACUUCACUUUGCAUGUCGAGAUUGGGGCUUCUUUCAGGUGAUAAAUCAUGGAGUGGAAAAGUCAAUAGUUGAGAGAGUGAAGAAGGGAAUACAAGAAUUCUUCAAUCUUCCAAUGGAAGAGAAGAAGAAAUUUUGGCAAACACCAGAAGACAUAGAAGGGUUUGGUCAAGCAUUUGUGGUUAGCGAGGAGCAGAAGCUUGAUUGGGCAGAUAUGUUCGCCAUGAUCAUUCUUCCUCCUUCUUUGAGAAAGCCCCACCUCUUCCCCAACCUUCCUCUCCCAUUUAAGGAUGAUUUAGAGGCAUAUAGUGUAGAAGUGAGAAAGCUAGCAUUAAAGAUUCUAGACGAAAUGGUGGAAGCACUAGGAAUGGAAGAAAAAGAAAUGAGAGAGCUGUUUGAAGAAGGUUGGCAAUCAAUUAGAAUGAACUAUUACCCACCAUGUCCUCAACCAGAGCUUGUGAAUGGCUUGAGUCCUCAUUCAGAUGCAGCUAUUCUCGCCGUCGUGCUUCAAGUCAAUCAAGUUGACCAAGGCCUUCAGAUAAAAAAAGAUGGCUUUUGGUUGCCAGUCACCUUUCUUCCUAAUGCUUUUGUGGUCAACAUUGGUGAUACGUUGGAGGUUUUGACAAAUGGCAUUUACAAGAGCAUAGAACAUAGGGCAGUGGUGAGCUCAGAGAAAGCAAGGAUGUCUAUAGCCACAUUCUGUGGUCCAAAGUCGGAUGGACAUAUAGGUCCAGCACCAAGCCUAAUCAAUCCACAAAGGCCAGCUUCAUUCAAAACAAUUAGUGUUGCUGAAUUUUACAAGGGUUAUUUCUCUCGCAAGCUCGCUGGAAAAUCUUAUCUUGAUACCAUAAGGAUCCAAAAUGAUUAAUUGACAAUAGAGCAUAUGGUGCAAAUCUGUAAUAAUACUCUAUGUUGCUCAAUAAACACCAUAUGGAUAUAGAAUAAUAACAUAAUAUGCUCUCCUUCAUCUAGUGCGUAUGUAUCUUGUUCAACACUUGGACACUAUGGUAUGCAGACAUAAUACUUUAACGUGUAAAUUAAUGUUUUAUGCAAAGCCGAUAGUGUAGAUUGUGUUUGCAAGUCCAACAUGUCAACCUAUAAGUUGUAAUGGGUUUGGUUUGACAGAAGGUCAAUUCAUUAAGAUCUAAGUUGUUCCGACUUGGCA